AUGGAGCUGGAGAGGCUGCCGACGCUCCUGGUGGGGCCCGCGAGGCGGGCGAAGCAGGCCUUCGCGCUGUCGAAGGCGUGCCCCCUGCCAGAGCUGCCGUCCGCGCCGGACUGCUUCCCGGCCGAGAAGCACACGGCCUCCAAUUCCGAUGUGCCGCCUGAGAAGUGGGCGAUGACGGUGGUGCAGUGGAACGAGUUCGUGCAGUGCUGCCAGGCGACCGACAUGUGGCAGAUCCUCAAGAGGCGAAGCGGAUUCGUCAGCGCGCACGAAGCCUGCAACCGUUUCGUGAAGCCGUGGACUCGCGGAACUGGCCGCGGCGUCGCUUUGAACAUGAACGCGGCUGCCCCGAUAGAGGCGCAGCUCAUGCUCUCUCACAACUGGGCAGAGGACCUCACCGAGUGUGCCGAGGCCCUGAACACACACUGCCGCCGCAAUGGCCUAACAGCCAGCACAUCUGUGUGGUUCUGCUUGUUCUCCAACUACCAGGCCGGGGACGAGGAGGGGGACAUUGGGCCGACGGUGGCAGAACAGCUGGCCAUGGACCCUUUUGGCCACGUGAUCAGGUCCGUGCGCGAGCAGCGAGGAAUGCUAGUGAUACACACCUCCCGGGCAGAGGUGUACGAGCGCCUCUGGUGCGUCUAUGAGAUCGCGACAGCGCUCCGGGAGGAUUGCACCACGCGUUCCGCGUGCUCUCAGAGGUAUGCGGACACGGGCAGGAGGAGGUUGCAGAACGUGCUGGAUGUGAAUACGACGAAUGCUAAGUGCAGCAGCAAAAUGGACGAGGCCUUCAUAUGCGACAGGGUGAACACAUCUGGUGGUUUCGAGAGGCUAGACAGGGAGAUCUUCAAUUUCCGUGUCAGUAUGCUCUUGGAGCAGGCCGAAGAAGCAGGCCACAAUCACAGUUUCCAGAGCCUCACCAAGGCCAUCACGAAAGUGGAGAAGCGCUUGGAGCUGGAGAACUCGAGCAGCAGCAGCGGCGGUUGGGCCUCCAAGCUGGGAGGCCAUCCAAGUCUCUGCCUGAUGCUGGCGUUCCUCGCGCUUGGCGGGAUCGCCCUGGCGGCACUCCUCACGCACCACCACUCACGUGCCGCCCUGUCGGACGUCGGGACCACACCUGCCGUCGUGACCACGCCCCCGACCACAACCCCGCCGGUCUCGACCACGGCCACCUCCACGCCUCCGCACAACUGGGGGGCGGCGACGACGCCCCCCGCCGGCACCGCCACGAGCGACUCCGCCGGCGGCUCCGGCGGCGGGGAGAGCACCACCGGUGCCAGCAGGCAGGAGCAGACGUCGCCCUGGGGGGGCCCCCCCCUGGUGCGCAGCGUGGUCCUGAUCGGCGGAGCCGUGGCCAUGCUCGCGUCGCUGGCGGUGAUCAUUCUGCUCACGAGGCGGCUUGGCUGCUGCUCCACGGGCGGCGGCGACGCGGCGGGGGACCUGCCGCGGCAGACCUCGCUGCGCGUGCAGUUGGAGCGCCUGGAGAUCGUGCGGAAGAGGGUGGAGCAGCGAGUUCUGCAGCUCGAUCGCCAGGCGGGCGUCGAGUCCGUGUGA